AUGUCCUCGUCUCGUGGAUCAUCGAUCGAUCGAGAGAAUGAGAGCUUUCACGACAGCCCUAUCACUCCUCAAACUCCAGUUGGAAGAGGAGAGAUUAAAACUACAUCUUCUCUCGAGGGUCUACAAACGGAGGAACAGCAACGAGUUCUUGAUACCGUUGCACAUUUGAGAAAGUGCGGCCUUGAAAGCAUUUUGCCACUUCCACAACUUGUGGUUUGUGGCGAUCAGUCUGCUGGAAAAAGUUCUGUUCUGGAAGCGUUGACCGAGAUUCCUUUCCCGAGAAAUGACAAUCUUUGUACUCGUUUUGCAACUGAGAUUAGUCUACGUAACGUGGAAACGGAAUCUUUGACCAUCAAAAUUAUUCCGGAUAAUGAGCGUCCAUCCACCGAGCAGGCUACUAUUCGAAAGUUUAUUCAGAGCAUCACAGACUUUGAUGACCUUCCCUGGAUUAUGGAUCUUGCAAUGGAAGCUAUGGGCAUUAGUGGUACUCCUGACCCAAAUCUUCCGCCACGAGCAUUUGCGAGGGACGUCCUUAGCAUCGAAAUUUGUGGCCCUCACCGUCCCCAGCUUACCUUGGUCGAUCUACCGGGCUUGAUCGCAUCCGAAACUGUAGAAGCAACAGCAGCCGAUGUUGAUACGGUCGCGAAAAUAACAGAGCACUACAUAAAGCAACCUCGCACAAUUUGCCUUGCCGUUGUAUCUGCAAAGAACGAUAUAGCCAAUCAACAAAUCCUCAAGCGAGUGAGGGCCCAUGAUCCUCACGGUGAUCGUACUCUUGGUAUCAUCACGAAGCCAGAUACUCUUGAUAGAGGCUCUGGAAAUGAGAAAGCUUUUAUUGGCUUGGCGAAGAAUGAGAAUGUCAGGUUUAGACUCGGUUGGCACGUGGUAAAGAAUCGGAGGUAUGAAGAACGAGAGUUUUCACUGAUGGAGCGUAACAUGGCGGAAGUUUCUUGGUUUCGUUCUUCUAACUUCAAGACUUUGCCGAGGAAUCACAUUGGCAUUGAGCAACUACGUAUUCGCUUGGCCGAUCUAUUGUUUCAGCACAUUAAGAAAGAACUCCCGCAGCUCCGCCGUGAACUCGAAACUCAACUAUCCAGUGCACGAGAACAGCUUGGUCUGCUCGGCGAGCCCAGAUCUACCGCCUCUGACUGUCGAGCCUAUCUAGUGCAGUUAAGCACUGACGUACAGAAAAUAUGUGCUGCUGCCGUCGACGGAUACUAUGAGGGGCGAUACUUCCAAUCCGAAGUCAACUCCGAAUUUAAACUCGACCCAAAAGCCACCCUCCGUCGAAUGCGAGCCUGUGUUCAAAUGAUGAACACUCGAUUUACGGAAACAAUGCGCACCAAAGGUCAUAAAUAUCAGAUCGACAAGUCUGUCGGGGCAGUUUCGAUCAGAGGAACGAUACAAGCAGAGGAGGCACGCGAAAACGGUGAAUCAGAAAAACUUACAAAGAAGGAGGGUUUGGAUUGGUCUACUAGAUGGGAAAAGCUCGCAGCAGAACACAUCGAACGAGUAUCUGAUGCGUGCACUAGAUUUCUCAAGGACUUGCUUCUUGAAUUGACCCCUAAAGACGUUGAAUCACGCUUGUGGUCGUCACGAGUUGAGGACGAGUUAAGAGAUCGCAAUUCCUCUGCAACCCGAGAGUUGGGUUACUUGAUGAAAGACAAUGCGAAUCAUCCAAUUAAUUACAAUCACUACUAUACAGAUACCAUCAAAAACCGCCAACAAGAAAGAGACAAUGCAGAUCUUGAAAAAUAUUGUCAGGAUGCUGUCGAAGGAGUUGAGACAUCUGAGGAGGGCCAGAUCAGCUUCGUGGUGCAAAAAUUAAAGGAGAAUCUCAUGAAGAGCACGGAAAAAGACAUGGAAGUUGUUACAAGCGAAGCCGCUUUGGAUUGUGUUUUAGCUAUUUAUAAGGUCCUCCAGAAAGUUUUCAUUGCAAAUGUGACCAUCCAGGUAGUUGAGCGCCACAUUGUUCGCGGUUUGGAACGUAUUUUCGAUCCUAUCGCUGUAAACAAGAUGUCUGAUAAAGAGGUGGAGGCUAUUGCUAGCGAGCCACCCCAAGCUAGACAGCAGAGAGCAUAUUUAGAGGAUCAAAUCAAGAAGCUUGAAGAAGGCAAACAGAUCUUCCGAAUGAUCAUGGGCGGUGCUACUACGCUUUAA